CGAUCUUUGGAAUCCAUGGCUGAUGUUAGCAAUCUAUUUUCACCAUGUCCACAUCUCUGUAUCUCUAUUUCUUCUAAGAAAUCUUCAUCUGUUGUUGGGUUCCCUUCUUUGCAAUUCAAAUCCUUGAAAUCUUCCACCAGCAGCGAUUUCCAUGGCAGGAAAAUGGGUUUUCCGCAGAAUCAAAUAAAACCCAAGAGGGAAAAUCUCCCAGCUUUUCAUGUACAGAUGAGCGUUGGUAUUGCCAAAUCUAUGAAAUGGUGGGCAAAGGGGGUUCAACCCAAUAUGAAAGAGAUCGAAUCUGCGCAAGCUCUCGUUGAUUCCUUGUUAAAUGCAGGAAACAAACUUGUUGUUAUAGAUUUCUUCUCCCCAGGUUGUGGAGGCUGCAAAGCCCUCCAUCCAAAGAUUUGCCAGAUUGCUGAGCAGAACCCAGAUGUUCAGUUCCUUCAGGUGAAUUAUGAGGAGCAUAAAUCUAUGUGUUAUACCUUAAAUGUUCAUGUUCUUCCCUUCUUCCGGUUCUACCGAGGAGCCCAAGGUCGCGUAUGCAGUUUCAGCUGCACAAAUGCCACUAUCAAGAAAUUCAGAGACGCGUUAUCCAAGCACUCAACCGACCGAUGCAGCCUUGGCCCUGCAAAAGGCCUGGAGGAAUCUGAGCUCUUGGCUUUGGCUGCAAACAAAGAUCUCUCCUUCAACCACACACCAAAAAAACCAGUGCCUGCCCCAUCACAAGUUACAAAAGAAACUGCUCCUCUAAACCCAAAACUGGAACCUCUUCUUCCUUCAUCUUCAAAGGCCACAUCUCCUAAAGAAUCUGAAGAGAAAGCCCUUGUAUCAUAUUGAGAUUAUAGAGAAAUUCCACCCACCAUAUCCUCCCUCUUUGUUUGUUUUCACCUUUUGUACAGCUUUUUUCUCUAAUGUUGAUGUAUCUAUGUAAGAUAUGUGAAAGAAUACUGAAAGUUUGUAUACUAUAUAGUUGUUGCAGGCUAUUGGGUUUUUUUUCCCCUUAGCCUGCUUUUCAUGGGAAUUAUAAUGAGAAUCAGAUGCUUUUCUUU